GGUUUCCCGGUGAACGAUACGGGACUCACGGAAGACGACGUUCCCACUACCUGGGAUACUCCUUUUAACUAACACGGUUCUUCAUAAUCUGUUGUCUUCAUACGCUUUUGUUUCAUGCAUGAAAGUCUCUUACGUAUUCCGUAAACAAUGGUUUAUAUGUCUUCUGAAGUCUAUUUUUUUCACCCUGUGUGCGCCACUGGUCAUCAGCCAUGACUUCCUCUCUUCACCAUACCUGCCCCCCUGGAGCUGCGAAAUGAUUUAUCGUCUCUGCGGUUCCGUCAAUCUCUCCGUCCCUAGGCAAACGAUCCAAAUUUCAUGCCCCUUUUCCAGAAACGCCACAUGGCUUCACGCAUGUUUUCUCGCGAUAUGAUAUCAUGAUACACUGGCCAAAUUCUUAUCUGCCGCUGUAUGGGAACAUGGACGCCUCAACAUCU